AAAGUUAAUAGAAAAGACACUAAAAAUGGUAAACAAGUGGAAGCCACGCGCCAAAGUAGGCGUCGGUCGAAUUUAACGAUCUUAACUCUCAAAACUGAGAAAAAAUAUAUAUAAAAAGAAUCUUCUGAUGUUGUCUCUUCAAGUCUUUUGCCUCAAAAUCAAGAACUCUCUCUCUCUCUCUCGAUGUUCAUCUUCAUCUUCACCUUUAUGGGGUUGAGCAAGAAAGUGAUGAUCUCAUUUGAAUAACUUGCCAUUUAUAGUCGGAAACUUUCUAUUUUGAGUUAUGAGAGAGGAAGAUUCCAACUGGUCUGCUAAAUGGGAAGAAGAGCUUCCGUCGCCGGAGGAGCUCAUACCGUUAUCUGUGUCACUAAUCACACCUCAUCUCGCCAUGGCCUUCGAUCUCCGAAGCUCUAACCACCGCAACAAUGGCAGUUCAGGUCAACAUCUGCCUCAAACCACUCCGCCACAAGCCGAGUUCGCGGGAGACGAACCAGCUCGGACUCUGAAACGGCAGCGUUUAGUAUGGACGCCGCAGCUGCACAAGCGUUUCGUGGACGCUGUGGCGCAUCUCGGGAUCAAGAACGCUGUUCCCAAAACCAUCAUGCAGCUCAUGAGCGUCGAGGGGUUGACCAGAGAGAACGUCGCUAGCCAUCUCCAGAAGUACAGACUUUACCUCAAGAGGAUGCAGUCCGGAGGAGGAGGAGGAAGAGGAAACGUCGGUGAGUCCGAUCAUCUCUUUGCGAGCUCGCCUGUUCCUGCACACUUCUUACACCCGACAGCAGUCAGACAAAGCUCCGACCAUUUCAUACCGUCUUUUGUCCCGCAUCAUCAGUUCCUCCACCGGCAAAUAUCCGCCGUGAAGAUGGACCAGUCGUUGUUUUUGGCUAGGCAGAGUCAUCAGCAACCUGUUCUCAUCAGACCAUCCUCGUUGCAUCUGCAUAGUCGAGUGGCUAACUACGCAGAUGAUUUGGAAUCAGGAGGCAAGACGGUCUUGACUCUGUUUCCAACUCGACAAGAUUGAAUUUAAAACAAUUUAUAGAUUGGAACCGUUCACAAAAUUCGAGUCCAAUCUUUGAUGAUUCUCUAUUUCUAUAUCAAAAUGUCUUUCUCUACAAAUAUUCAAGGAACAUAUUGGCCUCCCCUUUCGGUGUAAAGAUUUGAGUUUAGUUGAAAAGAUGCAUAUGUCUAGAUUUGAUUAUGCAAAAGUACUUUACUCUGUUUCUUUCUUUUGUUUUGUGUGUGUGUUGCAUGUCUGCUUUGCAACGAGCAGCAUAUCAUAAUAGCAUCUGCAGCUGC